AUGAUUAACAAUGGUGGUACAUGUAGUCUUGAUCCAACACCAUCAUCAGGAAAAAACAAUAUUCAUACAACUGUUGCUAUGAAUGCUCAACAAUUUUAUGGUUCUGAAGCAUGUGGUUUAUGUUUGGAAGUAACUGGAAAUGGAGAAGGAGUUGGAACAAAAUCAAUUCAAGGAACAUUUAAUGUUUUUGUAAAUAAUUUAUGUCCAGAAUGUAAGAAAGGUGAUUUAGACUUGGGUCUAAAUGGUGAUGGACGAUGGAAAAUUGAAUGGAAAGCUAUUGCUUGUAAUGUCGAUGGUCCAAUUAAUUACUUCUUUCAAGGAAGCAAUCCCUAUUAUAUCAAAGUUCAAGCACGUAAUUAUCGUCAUCCUGUAAGCAAAUUUGCAAUUAUACAAAAUGGCGUACGAAAAUAUUUAUCACGUACACAAGAUAAUUUCUUUAUCUCAAAGGGUGAUAUUAAUUUUCCAAUUUAUCCACCAUUUGUAGUUGAAUUAACAUCAAUGAAAAAUGAAGUCUUAACUGAUAUUAUUAGUAAAUUCGAAAAUGGAAUUGCUAUUGUGGGAGGGAAACAGUUUGAAACAUGA